AUGGGCAAAAAGAGAUCAAGAGAAGAGGCCAAGGACGUUCCUCCGGUGGAUGGCGGCGCUGAUCGCAUGGAUGAGGACAGCAGCGAUGACGAGGACUUUGACAUGGUCAAUGUUGAUUUCGAGUGGUUCAAUUUCGACCCCGAGAUCGAUUUCCACGGCACAAAGUCGCUACUUCGACAGCUCUUCGAUGUCGAUGCCAAUCUCUUCAACAUGUCUGCUCUGUCAGACCUUAUCCUAUCACAACCGACAAUCGGCUCGACAGUCAAGGUCGACGGCAAGGCCAACGAUGCCUAUGCCAUGCUCACGGUCCUCAACACAUAUGAACAUCGCGAGAAGGAGCCUAUGAAGGAUAUUCUCAAGUACCUCGCAGAAAAGGCCCAGACCAACCCCUCAAUAUCUGCCGUGGCCGAGCUCAUCAACGCACAAAAGCCCGUUGGCCUCGUCUUCUCAGAGCGACUGAUCAACAUGCCGUCCGAAAUCGCGCCUCCGCUGUACACCAUGCUGGUUGAAGAGGUGGAAGACGCAUUGGAAGACAAGGAGCCAUACGACUUCUCCUACUACCUGGUAUUCUCCAGGACGUAUCAGGAGGUUGAAUCAACGCUUGAUGUGGAAGACCGAAAGCGCAAAAAGGCCAAGGAGGAGGCAUCGACAUUCCACUUCCAUCCCGAAGAUGAGAUUCUACAGAAAUACGCAGUGGCGCACGGCAGUUUCCGAUAUACGAAAGAAGAUGACGCGGUGGCAGAUAGCAAGCGAGCAUUUCAGGAGUUGGGUAUUAAGACAUUUGGGCACAUGAUUCUCAUUGAGGCGGGUAAAUUCAAGGAGGCCGUCAAGGCCGUUGGUGAAUAUAUAGCUGCGCCGCAGUGA